GAAGGGAAAGGAGGUGGGGAGGUAGUGGCUGCGACUCUCGUAGACCCGCUCGCGAUCUGGCCCUUCCCGGGCGCUCAGCCUCCUUCCUUCCCUCAUCCGCUCGCCCCGUCUUCCGUGCGCGCCGAGCACUGCGCUCGGCCGGCGUGCCUCGCGCCCUAACGGGCGGCCGGGGGCGCCAAUCAGCGGGCGGCAGGGUGCCAGCCCGGGGCUACGCUGGCGAAUCGGCGGGGCUCGCGGCCCGGGGUGGGAGGCGGGUCUACCGCGCGGCCGCGGCGGCGGAGGAGCAGCUCCCAGCCAGCAGCCAGCGAGCGCCGAGCGAGCCGCCCGGAGCCCCUCAUCCCAUUCGGAAGAGGAAGGAACAAAAGGUCCCGGACCCCCGGCCUUGACGGGGCGGGACCCGGAGCCUCGGUCCAGGUUAGAUAAAGGAGGAUAUUUUCUUAGUGUGGAUUACUGCCUUGGUAAGAACAUGUCGUCCAUCUUGCCAUUCACUCCACCAGUUGUGAAGAGGCUGCUGGGAUGGAAGAAAUCUGCAGGCGGAUCGGGGGGCGCAGGUGGAGGAGAGCAGAAUGGACAGGAAGAAAAAUGGUGUGAGAAGGCGGUUAAAAGCUUGGUGAAGAAACUAAAGAAAACAGGACGAUUAGAUGAGCUUGAGAAAGCCAUCACCACUCAAAAUUGUAAUACUAAAUGUGUCACCAUACCAAGCACUUGCUCUGAAAUUUGGGGACUGAGUACACCAAAUACGAUAGAUCAGUGGGAUACAACAGGCCUUUACAGCUUCUCUGAACAAACCAGGUCUCUUGAUGGUCGUCUUCAGGUAUCUCAUCGAAAAGGACUGCCACAUGUUAUAUAUUGCCGAUUAUGGCGCUGGCCUGAUCUUCACAGUCAUCAUGAACUCAAAGCAAUUGAAAACUGCGAAUAUGCUUUUAAUCUUAAAAAGGAUGAAGUAUGUGUAAACCCUUACCACUACCAGAGAGUUGAGACACCAGUUUUGCCUCCGGUCUUGGUGCCACGGCACACGGAGAUCCUGACAGAGCUGCCACCUCUGGAUGAUUAUACCCACUCCAUUCCAGAAAACACUAAUUUUCCAGCAGGAAUUGAGCCCCAGAGUAAUUAUAUCCCAGAAACGCCACCUCCUGGAUAUAUCAGUGAAGAUGGAGAAACAAGUGAUCAACAGUUGAACCAAAGUAUGGAUACAGGAUCUCCAGCAGAACUAUCUCCUACUACUCUUUCCCCUGUUAAUCAUAGUUUGGAUUUGCAGCCAGUUACUUACUCAGAACCUGCAUUUUGGUGUUCAAUAGCAUAUUAUGAAUUAAACCAGAGGGUUGGAGAGACCUUCCAUGCAUCACAACCCUCACUCACUGUAGACGGCUUCACAGAUCCAUCAAAUUCUGAGAGGUUCUGCUUAGGUUUACUUUCCAACGUCAAUCGAAAUGCUACAGUAGAAAUGACAAGAAGACAUAUAGGAAGAGGAGUGCGCUUAUAUUACAUAGGUGGGGAAGUUUUUGCUGAGUGCCUAAGUGAUAGUGCAAUCUUUGUGCAGAGCCCCAAUUGUAAUCAGAGAUACGGCUGGCACCCUGCAACAGUGUGUAAAAUUCCACCAGGCUGUAAUCUGAAGAUCUUCAACAACCAGGAAUUUGCUGCUCUUCUGGCUCAGUCUGUUAAUCAGGGUUUUGAAGCCGUGUAUCAGCUAACUAGAAUGUGCACCAUAAGAAUGAGUUUUGUGAAAGGGUGGGGAGCGGAAUACCGAAGGCAGACAGUAACGAGCACUCCUUGUUGGAUUGAACUUCAUCUGAAUGGACCCCUACAGUGGUUGGACAAAGUAUUAACUCAGAUGGGAUCCCCUUCAGUGCGUUGCUCAAGCAUGUCAUAAAGCUUUAUCACCAAUCAAGUCCCAUCAAAAGACUUAAUGUAACAACUCUUCUGUCAUAGUGUUUGUGUGUGGUCCCCAUGGACUGUUUACUAUCCAAAAAUUCAAGCUAGAAAACAGCACUUGAGGUCUCAUCAAUUAAAGCACCUUGUGGAAUCGGUUUCCUGUAUUCGAAUAUUAGAUGGGAAAAUUAGUGUCUAGUAAUACCCUCCCAUAAAGGAGGAAGAGAAGAUUUUAAAGACUUACUGAUGUCUUGUUGGGCAUAAAACUGAGUGUCCCAAAGGUUUAUUAAUAACAGUAGUAGGUAUGUGUACAGGUAAUGUAUCAUGAUCCAGUAUCACAGUAUUGUGCUGUUUAUAUACAUUUUUAGUUUGCAUAAAUUAGGUGUGUGUGUGCUGCUUCUUGAUUUAGGCAAGCCUUUAUAAAGUUACAGUACUUAAUCUGUUAUUCCCAUUUCUCCGUUAUUUUUGUGUGUCUUUUUUUAAUAUAUAAUAUAUAUCAAGAUUUUCAAAUUAUCAUUUAGAAGCAGAUUUCCCUUGUAGAAAAACUAAUUUUUCUGCCUUUUACCAAAAAUAAACUCUUGGGGGAAGAAAAGUGGAUUAACUUUGGAAAUCUGUGACCUUAAUGUGUUCAGUGGGUCUUAAACAUUCAUUCUUGUUUGUUUGUUUACUGCUAAAUCUCAUUAUAAGGAAGCCUUGCAGAAAAUCUUUCCAAACCUCUUCUCCAUUCCUACUUUUGUCCUGAUACCAAAACAGUGCGUAGCAUGACAUCCAUCGCCAGUAAUGGUUGCACUGAUACUGCCAGCACCAGUUAAUUCUGAAUACAGUAAAAAUUCAUAUGGAUUAAGUCUCUUAGUCUUCACACCAAAUUUCAACAGAUAAUAAUUGACUCGUGUAACCUAGCAGUCUAUUGAUUUAUCCUUAUACCUCUUAAAAAUGCACAGGUGGCAGUAUAAUUAUUUUCAGGGAUAUGCUACAAUUAUAUUCUUUUUUAAAAGCCAAUCUAUAGAUAUAAACACUCUUUUUAAAAAAGGUAUUUUUAAAUAUUUUAAUAGCAGACCUAGUGCUCUUUGAUUUGAGUUUCAUUUGAUUUAGUUACCAGAUUGUAUUAUGAAUGGACCUUUUGUAAAUAUAAUUGCUUCUGCAAAAUACCUAGAAAAGUUGCUGAGGUAUGAUCAGCAGAUAAGGACCAUCUGUUUUUCAAGUAUGUUGUAUUCAAUUUAUAAAAUCUAUUAUUUUACAUAAUUAUGAAUUCAGAAUUUUAAAAAUUGGGGGGAAAGCUGCUUAGCAACUUUUUUAGCUUAUAAUUACCUACAGUCUGAACUGUUCUUAACUCAUCCUGAAUAUAUGGUUGACUAUUAGAACCAACCAUAUUUUAUGCUCUGCAGUGAGAGGAGAUUCCAGAAGCUCUGUUGGUAGUCUAUCCUAUCUCUAAUGUUAACUCAUUGCUGUUUAAACAUUUCUUGUUUGCAUCUCAGUAGAAAUUAAAAAGAAGCGCUCCUCAUCCCUUUCUAGUAAACUUUCAUGUUUUUACAGAUAAAUACCUUAGGUACUUGUUUUUUGAAACCACAUUCACCUGUCUCUACAGGUGUCAUUUUUUAAUACUUUGCAGCAUUUGGUUGUUUUCUAUUGGGUUGUCGGGAAAGUCAUGACUUAUUUUUUCUAUGUUUUUCAUUGCAAAAAUGCGUCAUGACUUUUCCGACAACCCAGUAUUAGGUAUUCGUCAUUUUCCAAUAUUUGUACGUGUGUUCUUGUAAAAUUGGUAUAGUAAUUUUUUAUUCAUUCAACAAAUAUUUAUUGUUCACGUGUUACAUGUGCCAGGAAUUUUCUUAGCCUUUGGGUAAAGGUGAACAAGACAAGGUAGGGUCCUGCAUUUGCUGAGACAGCAGUUACUGUAACCCUUAAUCAGCUUCUUUGUGUGUGAAGGAGAUAAACAGGGUACUGUGAUGGAACAUGACAGAGGGAAGGCUUCUCUAAGAAAGUGAUGCUUGAGCUAACACUUGGCAUGAGAAAGGAGCAGGCCAUGUGGAGAGCCAGGGGACAUAGGCGUUCCUGGCAAAGAGAACUGCGUCGAAUGCAAAGGCUCAUUUUACAGGGAACUCAUUAUUAGGUAUGAGUGCUUUAUACAAACACCUCUAUAUAGAUCCAAACCUGAGGAUCAGAAUGGUUCUAAAAUUUAUAAGAGUUGAAGGUGGCCUUAUUUUGUGAUAGACUGCUUUCACGUGUCAUUCUCAGUAAUAUUUCUUCUUCCUCAAGCCCUUGCUAUAAGAAGUUUGUCGUUUGCACCAGGUAAAAACCAUUUAAUUUAACAGCCCUUUUAAAAAAUCGGCCUUGGGCAAGUUUUCACCAUUAUAGUGUCUGGCAGCUUGCUUCCAGACUUCCUGCUGCCCACUAAUUACUACUUCUACAGUCCCUCUUGUGAUUGGUGUAAAUGUCCCAGGUAUUCCCACUGUCAGGUCUGCUGUAGAUAACCAUUGGAGCCUCUGCCCUUUAGAGGUGUUGACUCACUCGAGAACUUGUAGUGAUGAUUUAGGAAACAGUUCUGGGGACAGAACAACUUUGAAAGUGGUGGAAGGUACUGGCAGUUACUCUUGCAUUGAUAUGUUAAGUAAAGCAGUGCCAACUAUAGCAUUUCAAGUAGUGGAUUGUGCUCUACAAUUAUGGUGGGGUUCUUGUGUACAGUAUGAAGCUGGAACUCAACUCUUAGGAAAUACCUAUUGUAUUGAGCAGUUGACUUCAUGGUGGUGACUACAUUUGUGUGAAUAUGUUUAAGGAUCAUGGUCAUAUUUGCUUUUUUUUUUUAACUUAUGAAUUCUUAUUUCUGGAAUUUCUGGACCACAAUUGACCAGGGGUCACAAACCAUAGAAAGCAAAACAGUGGAUGGCGGGGGGACUACUGUAGUUAACAGAGAGGCAAAAUUAACCCAUUUUACAUUAGUGAUAGACAGGUUUUUAAGCAAUACCUCCCCAGAGUUUCUUCUUGAUGAAGAUGAUGAAGCUAAAAAGCAUUUUUUUGGUCUACUUUUCUUCCUCACAUUCAGGUAGUCCCCCAAAUAUACAGCAGUUUCCUGCACUUUCCACAAUUCAGAUUUCUUGGAAUAUUUCAACAAAAGAGCAUCUGCAGUGCCCAAGUAGAAAUCCCAACCAGUGGCUUUUUUCCAUGUUUGCUUUCUAAUGACAUGCUGUUUUUGCAUUCUGUAUUGUUUCCUAUGGCCUCAUGUUGAUCGUUUUGGUUUUUCCCCCCCCUUUAUGGGGUUGUUUUCAUUCUUCUAAAUGAUGAGAUCUCCUCUCUGUUGAAUUUUGUCUUUAUUUAAAUUAGCAGCACUACUUAGAAUUUCUCCUCCCCAGUGUUGGUAAUUUUCUCAACAACAUGAGAACUGAAUGAACACGCUGUCACAUUUAGAUGAAUGGCGGUUUUCACAGUGGAUUCCAUAGAGACACCUUAGGGAAUAGGAGUCUGGUGAUAUCCCCUCUGACUUUGGUCUACCAGUGGCAGCUUUAUUUUUAUUCUAUAUUGGAGUUCUACAUAGAUUUUUGGUUUGUUUGUUUGUCUUAUUGCUGUAAAACAAAGUUUGAAAAGCCUUAAUAACCACUGGUUAAGGUUAGAAAACAACUGGAUUUCAGCCCACCUUUUGGAAUAACCCUCCUUGUAUUCUUUUCUCAUCCUACUUUCAGAAACUUUCCUGAUUAGGUUGAACUACACUAAUUAUACAUGAUGAUGUACAUUAAUUCAGUAAACAUUUAUUAAUGCCUAUUCUUUACCCAGCCACUGUGAUAGACAUUGAGUAAUAAAAAGAUGACUGGGAUUUGGUCCUGUCCCUCUGUGUGCUCAGUCUUAUGGAGGUUCCUUUCUCUCUUGGGACCCAUCAUAUACCAGAAGGAAAUCUGCCUGAUUUUUCUUGGAAGCUAAAUAUUCUUAUUCUGUACUCUUACUCUUAAUUCUGUAUUCCAAGAAUAUAUUUGCAAAUUGUUGAAUAUUAGGAUUUUUUUUUACCUUAAUCCAUACCCAGUUUUGUUUGAUUCAUCUCUCUUAAACAUUGUUAGAUUUUCUCCUUUGUUAAAAUUAUUUUAAUUUCACUUUUUUCAUACCUUUAUUGUCAAUUUCAUCAAGACUAAAACUUCGAAAGUAAACAGUCUAGGCUCUUGCUAGCUGAAAUCUAAUAAAAGAGUGUAUAUAUAUAUAUAUAUAUAUAUAUAUAUAUAUAUAUAUAUAUAUAUACCCAGUUGGUUUCUCUACCUCUUUUAAAAGCUGUCCAAAUAUACCAUUAAGAUCUUUCUGUCUUUUUUAAAUAACUAAAUACUUUGAGCAUUUAUUCAAUAAUAGGCACCCUCCUGGUCUGGUUGAUGGGGGAUCUAAAGUAAAACAAGACAGUCUUCACUGUACUUAAAAUUUGUCUUACGUGCAGUCUUUGCUUUCAUAGCCAAACAUUCCAGCUUCACAGUUUGCCCCCAUGCUUACUACCCCUCAGUAUCUCUUUCGAUAACUAAGUAGUCUGUGUUAAUAAGCAACACAUGAUUUUUUCUUUUACUCAGAUCUAACACAUGCAUGUUUAGACAUAAAUUAUUGCCCAUUUUGUUUUCCUCCAUGGGCAAUAAUGCAAAAUCCUUCAUACUCAUCAGCUGAAUUUUGUUCUUUCCUCCCCUUCUCUUGACAACAUAUGUCCCUAGUGGUUUUGCUGGUUGCCCUCUUCCUUGCCAACAUGUUUUAUCUGCACAUAUCAGAAUGUUUCUCUCCUUUGAAUUUUACUCAAGACCAGACAGGAUGGUGCUGUUCCUACCCAGAGUCCUAACUUCUUCGCUAUGAAGGUUAAUGUUCAAAUUGGUCAGUCACUUCACAGGAGACGUUCUCUCGUCUUAAAUGCCUUUGUGACUAGCAAAUAGCAUAAAUCAUCAGAUGCUGUUUUAACUUAUAUUUAGGAUUAUGAGCUUUUCUGGCAGUUGCAGCCCUGUUUCCACUGGAGCAUAUUGGAUUGUUGUACUUAGUACAAUCAAGAGGAAUGACGAUAGUGUGUGGUCUCUAGAGGUCGUCAGAAUCCUACUAUUGACUUCCUAUUAUACCUUCCUUUUCAAGUUUCCAUUCUUUUUUCUUGGUUCAGACUACUUUUUAUGUGGGGAUUGAGGGACAAAUUAUCUCUUGGCGUGUAAUUGCUGUUUGUUGCCUCAAUCAGGAAAUAUGAACUAUACUAGAUAGAGACAGCCUCACGAUAGUCAUUAUGAAAAGAAUGUCUUGUCUAAUGUGUUCACAUAAUUUCUUGAGUAGGAACUGUUUUAUCUUGGAUAGUAUAGCUAACUUUAUAUAUAGCAUAACUGCCUUAAAUCUUUUUAGUAGGAAAUCAAUUAUGUAAUGUGUAUGUAUGGAUUUAUAUAUACAUGUACACUUAUAGAAAUACCUUAACAGUAGGGGUCAUUUAUCUGCGUACAUUUUAACAAUGUUGAAUGCUUCUGUUGUUUAAAUUUCAGAUCUCGGUAAAAGGUUCUUAAUUUGCUUGUAGACAUUUUCCUUUCAUGGACAGACCAUCAGAGUAAUUUUUUUAUUCUGUUGGAGUCCUGGCUGUUCAGUUAGUAUGCCAUUUUCAGGCAGCUUGACAAAUAAGUCAUAACUGGAAUUCAUUAACAUCAAAUAAAGCUCUGCCAUAUACCCUUCAUUAAAUUAUUAUACAUCCAGUGGUCUCUGGAAGGUACUAACUUAGGAUUAACUUUCUUUUUCUUAUUUAAUAUUUGAUUGUGAUCCCUCCCCCCCACCCCCUGCCCUUAAUUUUCUGCUCUGUUGGUAGAAGAUUGCUGCUUAAUAUACCCUGGGACGCACCACUACCAAGUCAAGUUCUGUAUUUAAGGGUAACCUGAAGAUGGUUCAGACCUGACUUGCUUAGCUGUGCUCAACAGAAAUGGACUUCCCAAAGUUCCUGGGGUCAUCUCUGAUUCACAGAGGACCCGACUAGAGUAUAUUAGCCUACGUUCAUUUCAGUGUCAAUUGGUUUGCUGACAUGAGAUCCAUAAUAGACCCAGAAUUUCACCAUUAGUUGAGAUAUAAGGACCCCCUUGGAAGAAUAAUGCCACUGAUGAUGGGAGUGAGAAGUAUUCAUUAACUCUACACAAAGGACUGUCAGGUUUUUUUCCUCCAAAAAAUUUCCCAAGAAAGGAUGUUCUACCUCCAAAACAAAAAGCUCUUCUCCAAAAUUUCCAGUUUGCUCUUUUGGGUUUGGGGUAGGGAUUUAAUUCUUAUUUCGAAUUAAGCAUGAUAAUUUAUUGAACCAUGAAAUCUAUAAUGUAUUGAUUUAAGGACAAAAGUAAAGUUUUAGAAUUAUAAAAAUAACAUUUUCUUUUUCACACUGCACUUUUUCUUUUUUUCUUUUUUUCUCCCUGUAGACUAAAGCUUUUUGGCUAUUUUACAAUGUUAGUCACUAGAUAACUUGCCAUAUUUCUGGUUCUAUAUUAAGUUCUACCCUUUGCAAUGCUGUAGCAUAGAGUUGGUUCUCAGCAUUUGUGGGAAUAGAAGUCCUACUAAACUCUCUUUUCUUCAGAGAUUUUCCUUGGCAGAAUAAGUCCCUAAGAAAAUAUCUAUUUGUCACUUUGAUUAUUCACAUUCCUAUAUUGUUCAAACAGAAAAAAGUAUUGGUGAUAAAGAAUAGGGUCUUUUUCUGGUGACUGUAUGUACCUGCGUUAAGAAUGGAAUCAUUUGUUGGUUUAUGUCACUGAUAGACACACACAUCAAAUUGGGAAAAUAAUUAUCACAUACAUAGCAAGUAGGUAACAUGCAUGGAUUAAAAAAAAUUUUUUUUAAGCCCUAUUUUUUGACAAAGUGCAGAACCCAAAUUGGUCAUUUCUUAGACCAACUUUACCUCAGGAUUCAUUUUUGCUUUUUUUGACCCUGACCUUUAAGGCAUAAAUAUUUGUUUCUUUUGUAGUGAUAGUGAAGCUGUGACAUUAACCAGUUUUAUACAAGAGGGCAAAACAAGAAAAACUAGAGAUUAAGAUGAAAGCAGUUCUGCACUUGUUGAAGUAGAUCAUAGCAUUGUAGGCAAAAUAAAAAUGUUCAUAUCUGAGGAUAUUUUUUUGCCAUCUUUCCCCAAGGCCAGACUUUCUGGUGGAACACAGUUAAAAGGAACAUAAUUCAGGGCCUUUGUAAUCUGAGGGAAAUAACCUCCAGCUGGCAGUCGCCUUUUCAAUAUAUGAAGCAAGAAUGUGGGAAAUAGUUGGCAUUGAGUGUUUUCGCCUAAAAAUAAGAAUAUGAAAAAGCAUAUAAAACUGGAUUAUUCAUUUAGCUCUGAAAAUCUCAGUAGAAUACUAUAUAACUGGACAAAACCACAAGAACCUUCAGAGGAUUUGUCUGAAACAGGUUUCAAGGAUGAAUUUUUAUACACUGCUCACAAAUUUGCAAACUGUUCUUGAAAUUGACACUGUUAAGUAAGGUAUUUAUGGACUUCUAGGAACUAGCCGUUAGUGAGUGUCCUAAAAUUAUUUUGAGCCUAUGCCCACAUCGGUAGCCUUAUGCUCUUGAAAAUUAUUUUCUUUAGUGAUACCAAGGAUUGAGUGGUGGUUUUAGGCUGAGCAACUGCCCUGGUAUGACUGGGACUGAGGUUCCUUGAAUGCGGGACUUCCAUAGCUAAACCCAGGACAGAGCCAGGGGUACCCCAGGAGGAGCUGAUCACCCUAGAUAUUCUUGUGAUUUAUCCUCACUCCCUUAAAUGUUGUAAUAGUUGGGAUUAAAUUCAGCUGCCUUAUGGCUGUCAACAUUUCUGAUACUUGGAUAUGUGUCCUCCAGUGACUUACUGGGGAUGGACUGGGAGAUUUAUAACAAUAGCUAGUGGCACCAACAUGGUGGUGAGAGUGACACUAGUAAUGCAUGGAAGGUAACUGGUGGUUUAAUGGAGUAGAGAAGAGGCAACUAGAUAGCUAAGUCCUUCAGAACUGGUGUGUAUAUGUAAGUACAUAUCAUAUCUUGAUGGGGUUAAAUGUAAUCUGACAUUGAAAUUUUUCACGGUAAAUGAAAACUGAGUGGUGGUGUGGCUUUCUUGAGGGAAAAUAUGGCCUUGGAUGCUCUAUCCUCUAUUACAUUCCCCAGACUGUCCUGCUCCGGAAGCCAGAAUGUGGUAUUAUAUUCUCCGUAAAUGUUUAUUGAGAUUACUAAAUGCAUCAGCCAAUGGCAGGUGAACAAAUUGGGCGUCCUGACCCAGACUGAGCAGUGCCCUCAGUUCUGAUAGCCUACCCCUCAGGUGCUUAGCAGCUGGAACACCGACCAUAGGAGGUGAAAGUUUUCUAACACAGCAUUAAUUUUGUAAUGCAAUAUGAUGGAUGCAGUCUGUUCUUGUCUCCCUGUGGUAGUACUCAGAGACUGCAUCCUCUGUGCACUGUGAUGUAGAUGGUAGAUGUGUUCUUUGUAAGCUUUAAUCCUACGAUUGUCAAAAGUACGACGUGGUUCCAUUUUUUUUAAUUAAACAAUGAGCUGAGGCUUUAUUACAGCUGGUUUUCGAUUUAAAAUUGUGAAAUACUGAUUUCCUUCCCCCAGCCCCCACACCAAAUAUUUUAGUCUAUUUAAAGUACAAAAAAAAUAGUUCUUAAGAAAACAUUGCUUAACUGUCCUGUGAUUUCUGGUCAAUUUUUAUACAUAUUCGUGUGUGUCUGUGUGCUUUCACUUUUUACCUUGUUUGCUCUCUUCCUGUGUUAACAGUACUUUCACCGUUGAAAGGUGAACAUUUUUUCCUAGCAUUAAAAAAAAAAAAAGCCAUUUGAGUUGUUUACCAUGUUAUGAUGGGACUAAUUUUUAAUUGUUUUAAUUGAUUUUUAUUUAAACUCAUCUUUUUUUUAGAGGGGAUUAUACUUGGCUAUCCAUGCCCUAACUUUUAUGGGGAAAAAAAAGUGUGUAUUUCACAUAAUGGAGGUAUGAUAUUAGGAGUACAUCUUUUUAAGUCUGGUGUUAUAUAAAAAAUUAAUGCCACUCCCCUGGCAGACAGAUAUGCACUGCUUAAUAUACCCCCCCACCCCACACCACCCCCCCCACACACACACACACAACACAUACCCCACAGUGCUAGUAAGUUAUGCAUUUUAGUUUAUUUCAGAGCUUGCCUAUACCAAAUUAAUGAUCUAGUACACAUGGUCUAUGCUUUAAACAAAAACAGACUAGAAGGUAAAAUUCACCUUGACUCUUGAAAUAUACUCUUAGGAAAAAAGCAAGUGCUAUUUUUUUAAAAAAGAUUCCAUUGAAAAAUGUAGCAUACUCACAAUUGUUUUAUCUUCAUCAUGAAAUAAUUGAAAAACUUAAAACUUUUUAGAUCAGUCAGACUUCCUUUGUGUCUUGCAGGAGCUGAGUUCCUAGGAUGAAUCAGUACUUCUCUGGUUAGCAGACUGCUUCCUUCAAACCAUUUAAAACAGACAUGCUUUAGGAUAUAACAAAAGGGACCUCAAGAGCUAAAAUACCUAAUGUGACAUGGAACAACAGCCCAGGGACUGGCAUGGUUUCAUCAUCAAUUUUGUUUAAACAAAUUCCACUUAAAUUGUUACACCAUACUACUAUAAACAACCUAAAAGAAACCUUCCAACAUUGAACCUAAAACAUCACUUCAGUUGACAGAGUGACUAACAGAGAUCCUUUUCCAUUGUCAUUUCACCCUGGGAACGUUAGUGACACUGGUUAUCUUCACAGGGAGAUUUCUGCAACAACCCUAGUGUCCAUAAUGGCACAUACUCUUCAAGGGGCUGAAGAGUAGGGACGAAGUAUUAAGUUGUAUGUUUGGGCUCUCUCUCCACUUUGCAAAUCAUUUUUGUCUCUUGCUUCAAAUUAGAUGGAAAGCUCCUUAGUGCAGAAAGCGGAAUAUUAGUGUCAAUCUGGUAUACCAAUGCAAUCAUUUUAAGCACCAGCUAUGUCCCAAGAGCUAGGGUGGAGACCGUCCUCAUUUGCUACAAGAACAUAAUCUGCACCAUGCAAUUGUCCAGCAUCCUUUUUAACAGACUCUUGUCCUUUUCAUCAAAAUACAAAAGAUGAACCCAACCUAAAAAUUAAGUUCACAAAUCUAGGAAUCCAAAAGAAAAUGGCAAAGGCAUACAUCAAAGCUUAUCUGCUACAAUGAAUAGGUACGAAAGUAUUUGUUAAAUUGGUUAAAACUGAUGGUGUUUUUGUAAACAAGCUAAAGUCAUGCUAGUUUGCACAUAGGCAUAAUUCUUAAAAUUGACCAUGUUAAUAGGCACGAACAUUCAUUCAGUCAGACUUGUGGGUAACAAGUGAUAAGCCAACAGACUAAGCACGCUCUCUCUUUAGGAAGUUACAGGAGAGUAGAAUGCGUUUCUGUGCCCCAUUCUAAGCUACUUGACCUUAUUGGGUAUAGAAUACAUGUGGAGUCUGAGAUAGGGAUUUGCCGGCUUUUAUGACCUGUCUUCAAUAGUUCUGUUGGCUGCCUCUGUACCUACCUUAAUGCUAUGUGGUAAUAAGGUUGCUUAAAAGAUUUCUCAAGUACUUCAGGAAAGAGAUCACAGAGGAAGGAGAAGGUGCUUCUGAGCAAUAUGAUGCAGGACGAAGAUGGGCAAAAUGUGUAAGCACUGUGCGGAGGAUGCAUUGACUUGGAAUAGAUGGAGAGGACUUUUGAAGCCAGUCAAAAUGAGGUCUUGGAACAAAACUCUUGUUUAUGGAUCUGAAUGUGCAUGAAAGCUGGACAUGACUAAUCUGUGCAUGGUGAGUAGAAAAUUGACAACCACAAGCUUGGUAGAUGCUACUGUGAAGCCCACAUCUAAUAAUAGAGCCUAGAACUCUGGGAGGUAAAAGCCAUGAGCUAUACACCUUGGGUUACAUAAUCUGCAAUGAGAUUGUGCUGCUGAGCAGGCAAGCUGGGCUCAAGGGCAGUGCCAGCCAUAAUCCCAGGCAAGGAUGGAGCCGAUGAUUUUGGGGGGUUGGGGCAAUUUAGACGUAUACAUGUGGUGUAUUAAUUGAAGCUUAACUUUUGCUCACAACUGGAGGUUAUUAAUCUAGAGAAUCCUCUGAAAUUUUGUGUACAUGUAGUUUUUCUGAGAAGUAGCAAUUAUCAGAGGUCUUAACCACUGCCCAACAGCAAUUCUCCAUUGAGACCACUUAUGUUGAAAAACUAGAAUUCACUCAUCUUGUUCGUUUUUUUCAUGAGAGAUCUUAUCUCUGAACUAUAGUUCAUCACACUAUUUUAAAUAUAAAUGCCAUGUAAAUAAGAUUUUAAUACAAAUGGUGACCUGCUUUUAAAUGGAUGUUUGCAGUUUUUAGUAUAUUUGGGCUGCAGUGGGACAAUGAAGAUUUAAAUAAGCCUCAUUUAACAUCUGGAAGAAAAAUACGUUGCCUUUUUAUAUCCAAAAUAUAUUGAAAAAAACAGAUUAGUGUCUUUGUUUUACCCAAGAACCACAAGCUACUUCAUUCCAACUUUUAAAUUAAGAUCUUGAAUAAUAGCAUGUGGUAUCACCACAUUUUAAAAACAUACUUAGUCAAUCACAAACAUAUUUUCUAAGGAAUUGAAUUUUAUAAAGAUAAUUGAAUGCUUUCAUCUAUAACAGAAUUAGUGGCCUGCAAACCACGGUGGUUUUUUGCUAUGCUCUGAAGUUUUAAAAGGGAAUUUUCUGCUACAAGUUACAUGCAUAAAGGAAGUAGGAGGCAAAGGAAAAUUCAAUUUUUAAAUCCUAAAAUGAUAACCACUGAUAAAAAGUUACACUAAAAUUACACUAAACGUUUUAACUACUUUUUAACUAAAGCAUUAUUUUCCUGUCUUUUAUUCCACUAUCCAGAUGCUUAAAUUUAACUUAAGUAUAAAAUCAAUAUUUUAUCAAGCUAUAUUUGAUAAACUAAAUUUGGAGUUCAGUCUCUAGCAAUGUCUAUAUCUCAUGGUGUGAUUUUCAUUCAUCCAAAUUGUCAGUUCUCUCCAUUAUGUCCUGCUUCCUCCUUUUCCAGUCCACCCUACAGUCCCCUGCAAUUAAACCCUAGAAUACGGCCAUAUCUUAGGAUAGUUAAUUGACUUGUUUCUAUUAAUUUUUGUAGAACCAAAAUCAUAAAAGGGAGAGAUGUCUAAGAAUCUGGCUUAUUACGUUCUUUUAAAGAUCACCUUUGAAAAUGAGUUCAUAUUUUGUGUGUCCGCUAUUCCUAGUUUAUAUUUAUGUGGGUGUGCUUUUUUCUAAUCAGUAUUAUCACCGAGGAACAACUAAUUUUCAAAUUUACAAUUUACAUAAUUAGUGAUUGGCUGAAGAGGGCUAUUGAACAUAAAAUCCUUUAAGAUAAAAUGGGGAAAAUGGUGGAGGGUCUGUAUGAUUUAGUCUGGUUGACUGGGUGCUUCUCAGCUGGAAGGCCAUUUCAGCAGCAAGGAUGCUAAUGGUGGAAUGCUUGAAGAAAACAGCCCUGUAAUGGUCAAAUACUAAAGCUAUCUUGGAUGAUGGGAUAAAAACUCAAUUGCCUUCUUUAAACAAAUGUUUUCUGUCUUUAAUGACUUUGGGCAGAAUAACAUUCCUCUAGUGUGAAGCCUUAGUUAUCAUUUCUCAUGUAAUGGAAAAUGCAACUGGUCUCAGAAUCAGAGGUCUUGGGUUUGGACCCCGAUUCUGCCAAUUUAUGGUGACUUUAGACAAAUCAUCUAAUCAGUCUGGCUCAAGUUCCUUAUUUCCUCAAGAUUCCCCAAAAUGAGGAAGUUACUUUUCAGAGUGAUUAUGAGGAUUAAAUGAGAGUCUUGAGAGAGCACUUUGCACAAAGUAGGUGCUCAGUAUUAGAUGACUGAAUCUGUAGUUUACAGAAUGUCAGGAGAUGCUGACAGUGAAGGUCUUUACUGCCAAAUCUUUUCAGAAAAGUUUCGAGAGAGAUGUCACACUCAGAUGUCAAGUAAGUGAAAACCUAUUGUAGCAAUUAUCUUGCCACAAAAGUAAUGCGCACAAACCACAAAAACCCUGUGGCGUGCAACCGUAACAUUCAUUUAGUUCAUGAGUUAGAGCAAUGAUUUAGGCUGGGUUGCUCUGGGUAGUUCUAGCCAUGCCUGGGGAGCAUUGCAAGGGGAGUUGGCCUAAAUGGAGCCACUCAGCCCUUUUUCCACGUUUCUCAUUCCACCAUCAACUAGCCCAGGCAUGUUUUCAUGGAGGUGGCCAAGGGCAGCAGCAGCCGAGCCCAAUCCCACAAGCCCCUUUCAAGUCUGCGUGCUUCUGCUGACCAGCAUUCCUCAGAAGUAAGCCACAUUGCUAAGCACAGAGUUAAAGGCACUAUGGAGUUAAAUGGCAAAGAGGGAGGCUCCAAGGAGGAGUGAAGAAUUGCCCUAAAUGCAGUCAAUCCGCCAGCCCAAGUUUUGUGCGGUCCAGCAGUUGUACUUGUUUGCCAGUGAAGAGGAAAAUGGAGAAGCUGAAGAGAUCCAAGCUGGGAUCUAUUUGGAUCAAGUGUUCUGAAUUCAUAGAGCAUUAAGUAGAAACCUAUUCUAACAUAUACUGCGAAGGGGAGUUAAAACCAAAGGAAUGUAUUUUCUUGUCUACUCUAGGUUCGUCCCUGCUGUGCUCCUGGCCUUGACCACAUGACUGGAAUGAACGAGCGCCCUCUAAACUCUGAGCCCGGCUCAGACAGAACUAGAAGAGUCUACCUCAUAAAUGAGGUAAAAGGAAGCAUUCGAUUCAGAGAGAUCUUUUAACGAACAUUGACAUUCAUGAAUGCCACUUCCAACACCUUCCUGGGACUUCUUAAAUGCAGAAAUGCUAUAUAAACCUGCUGUACUCCAUGCUGGCCAUUUGUACAAGUGUGGAGUGCUUUAGGGAAGCUCUACCAAUAAUAAUGCUUUAGCAAUAAUCUGGUGGGUCACGGUGUGUUGUAACUGACACGAAUGUUAAAAAAGGAAACCACAAUUAUCUGUGUCCUGUUUCUGUAUUACAAGUGUCAGAAUGGAAGCGUCCAGAUCUCCGCUAUGGAGGAAGUUAGGAAGUGAACUUCGCUUUGGUGACACAGCUGUGCUUGGUGGCCCUAGAAAGGGGACUUAAUCUCAGGCUUCAACUUCUGUGUGUCCAGUGUUUCUUUACCACAUUUUUCAGAGACCUGAAUCUAUUUUUCCCUGAAUAUAUGUUUAAGUGGGCUCCCCUUUCCCACACUCAUCUUUAAUGGUCACAUAACUUAUUUUGAUUUUCAUAUGUAAAUACACGAAAAAAUUGUGUGCUCUUUUACUGGCAGACCAGUGAAUGGGACUACUUUUUAUUUUUUAUUUUUUCUUUCUAAUAUACCUAUUAUUUUUGUAAAUUACAAAAACAAGCAAAAAAGCCUACUCACAUUACAACAACCAGAGAAAACCAGUUUGGUGUAAUUUUUUCUACUUUUACUUUGGACGUAUAUGCAUAUUCAUCAGGAAAUGUUUGAAGCCUCUCUAACAGCACUGUCAUUUAGAGAAAACUAUUAGAAAUCUUAAGAAAAAUCUCUAAAAUACAUUAAGCCAUUCAGCAAGCCAUAUGGAGAUGUAAUUUAUUUUCACUUCCUCUGAACAACACAAAAGAUCUGUGUUGGUCUACGUAAAAUUUGGUGUUUGAAAUUAAGUAUAAAAAUUUUAGACAUCUUUUUCAUGCAUGAUUUUUUAUGUACUCUUAAGUUGACUAUAUACUUUGACUAGUGUAUUUGGAACCAAACUUUUUUUUUUUCCUGUGUGUGUAAAUUUAUUAAAGCCAUAUUUCUUUGA